CUUGGAAGGCAUAAAAACAGCAAUUUACUAAAAUUAGGAAAUUCUCACUUCAAUCGAAGGUUUCACGUGUUUUAGUCAUCGCUAUAAUCAUAAGAAAGAAAUAAAUAAAUCAUUCCAAUUGAUAUUAUCCCCGAAAAAGUGAAUAUUUCAAGUGAAAAAUUGAAGUUGAAAAUUUGGAAAAAUUAAAAGAAAUUGAAUUUGAGUUACAACAAUGAAUCAAUUUGAUGGAAACGCUUUUAUAAUUAUUAAUUUAAAACGGUCAAAGAUUUUAAUCAAUCAUUUAAAGCUAGAACAAUUAUUUUAAUUUAAAAGAAAGGUUAAAACCGAGUGACAAAAAGAAGCAUUAAAGGAAAAGUUAAAAAGCAUAGCCACAUUUUUAAACUUUUCUUCUUUUUGGUGUAUUGCUUUAGUGAAAAGUCAGUGAGUGUGACUAAAUUAGUCAUUGUUAUUCCGGAAAUUACCUGCUCGUUUUUAUUAACUUAGUUUUUUUUUUUGUAUACUCGUAAUGUUUUGUGGAAAGUGUGAAUCAACUGAUAAAGAUUUGAAGUUUCCCACGAAUUUAUCAUCAUCUCAUCACAGUUUUCUCUCGCACAAUAGUAGCAACCAAAACUGCAGUAAGGUUAUCAUGUCGAGCUUCUUGUUGGCUGGUUGGAAGACUCGCAUUGAUCCAGGAGACUGACAUUCCUGAAACGACUUUAAAAGCAUCAGUUGCCGUAGCAUAUGACUAGUUUAUGAGAAACAUAAGUUUCUGUUGCUUCAAGAUCUCUUGCUGGAUUAUCGUUAUAAAAUGGGCAGAUAGCACUCUUAAAGCGUUCACAUAAAAGACUCUAUCUACGUUAGACAUACAGUGUGCUUCUUAUUCAAUUUCAUCAACUAUUAGUGGCCAAAAAAAGAAAUAAAAAAUCUUUACCUUGCGUUACUUAAAUUUCAGUUCUCUCAUUUACUGAUUAAAACAAACAAUUAAGACUCAUAAUCCUAAUCAGUACAUUAUCGAGUUACUUAAUAAUAUUUUUUUAUUGUUGUUAUGCUAAUUGUAGUGUGUGAAUCAUUCUAGAGAGAAAAAAGACUCUUUGAAGUGUUUGUGACAUUAUUUAGUCUUCUUUACUUACGACACGACAUAAAUAAUUAAAUAUUCAAAUAUUUCGAAAGAAUCUAUUGAGAGUGUUUGUGCUGAGUAUACAAGAGACAAGAGAAGAAACAAAAUAAGUUAUUGAGAUUCUGUUCUCGUUAAAAGUUUAUUAUCAGUCAGAAUAAUUAAACGAGAAGUGACAAGCUUCUCGUACACUUUUUUAGUGUUGAACAAAAUUUAUAAAAAAAGAGAGACAAAUUAAUUAAGGAAUUGUGUUGAAAGAGAAAAAACGAAUUAAAUUAGUGCACAUUGUUGCACAAAAACAAUUACGAAAUAGCUUUGUGAAGCAAGAAAUAGUUGAGUUAGUCAAGAAAGAAUGAAUAACUCAUCUUCUUGGAACUGCUUUUCGUGGAAUCGCGAACGAAGGUGCAAGAUGGAAGCUGGUCGUAUGUCGCCUAGAAAACAUCAACAGCGUGAAAAUGCUGAGAUUCCUGAUGAGCAGUUUGCCAAUUUGCUUGGAGAUGCCAACAUUCGUGGGAAUCUUCAUGAAGGCAUCCUUAACAAGGAUCAAGAAGAUGAGAUGUUCGUUUAUGGAUAUAAAAAGUCGAAAUUUCGUACAUUUUUAUGUUAUGUGUGCGUCGUUAUGACGUUAGGAAUAUUGCGUCUUGUGAUGCAUUGGUGGAGUCAUUGGCUGUUGCUUGCAACUCACAAGCCAUGUUCACUCGAAGAAGCUGAAAAAGUUUUAGUGAAGGAGAAGUUUCAAGGAAAACAUACGAUUUAUUAUGUGAAGAUUGUCACAACAUUGACGAGUGAUACCACUGGUGAAUCUGUAAAAAAAGCGGAACUCGAUGAGUGCUUUAGUGAACGUUUUAUAGAUCACUCAAAUGACAUGGAAAAUGAAUUUUAUCGUCAACUCGAAAUUCAUUUGUCAGAUGGAAAAUUUCGACGAGUUGAUUCGGUUCGAUUUUUCAUUUGUAAAAAGCUUCGUUACAUCUGGGAUGUAGAAACAUUAAGUUUUGCAAAGCUGAAAGGAUUGGAUGAGAAUGUUCCGAGCUUGACAAUUCAUAAACAGAAAGCGAUAUCAAGUUUUACGAGAGACAUCAGACGUUUAGUUUAUGGCGAUAAUAAAAUCGAUGUGCCAAUUAAAAGUUGGAUGACGUUAUUGUUUCUCGAAGCUUUGAAUCCUUUUUAUGUAUUCCAAGUGUUUUCUGUUAUUCUCUGGUUUACUUACAAUUAUUAUUACUACGCUUGUGUCAUCAUUCUCAUGACAGCUUUCGGGAUUUUCUUCUCCAUUCGACAAACAUUGAAGAAUCAAAAAGCACUUCAUGCGACAGUAUUCAAUGCAGAUACAGCAAAAGUGAUUCAAGAAGACAAGACAAGCUUCACGAUUGACACAAAAUAUUUGGUACCCGGCGAUAUUCUAGAGAUUCCAUCAUCAGGAUGUACAAUGCAAUGUGAUGCUGUUCUAUUGUCAGGAAAUUGCAUUCUCGAUGAAUCAAUGUUGACUGGUGAAAGUGUCCCAGUCACUAAAACUCCUUUACCAUGCAAGAAAGAUCUCAUUUAUGAUAUGAAAGAACAUGCACGUCACACACUUUUUUGUGGAACUAAAGUUAUUCAAACCAGAUACAUUGGAUCGGAACAAGUAUUGGCUGUUGUCAUAAAUACUGGAAAUAUAACUGCAAAAGGUGAACUGAUUCGUUCAAUUUUGUAUCCACCACCUGUUGAUUACAAAUUUGAGCAAGAUUCGUAUAAGUUUGUAGCGCUUCUUGCCUCCGUUGCAUUUUGUGGAUUCCUCUUUACUGUCGUGACAAAAAUAAUGCGAAACGUCAAUGCUGUGAAAAUUAUCAUUGAAAGCUUAGAUUUAAUCACAAUUGCAGUUCCACCAGCACUUCCUGCUGCAAUGUCUGUUGGCCGAAUGUACGCUCAAGCACGUCUUCAAAAGAAAAAUAUUUUCUGCAUUGCACCAAGAUCUAUUAAUGUUUCUGGUUCAAUUGAUUGUGUUUGUUUCGAUAAAACUGGAACAUUAACUGAGGAUGGCUUGGACAUGUAUGGAGUUGUUCCAAAAACAGCAACAAAUUCACUUCAAAUUCCAUUGAAACAAAUUGAUCGAUUGCAAUUUGAUCAUUUGUUGUAUGGAAUGGUGACAUGUCACUCUAUCACGUUAAUGAAUGGAGAAAUGAAAGGUGAUCCGUUAGACUUGAAAAUGUUUGAGUCAACAGGAUGGAAGUUGGAAGAAGCAAAUGUAUCUGACGAUACGAAAUAUGAUUUGCUGUUUCCAACUGUUGUUAAGCCACCAUCAGGAAAGGGAUCGCAACUUGAUUUGAUGAUUCGUAACUCGUCGGAACAACAACUUGAUGCUCUUGUAAUCUCAUCACAUGAUAUUGGAAUUGUUCGAGAGUUCUCCUUCACCAGCAGCUUGCAACGAAUGGCAGUAAUUACAAGGAAAAUCUCUGAUAAACAUUUCAACGUUUACUGUAAAGGUUCACCGGAAAUGAUUGCAACUUUAUGUCGUGCAGAAACAAUCCCAACAGAUUUCAAUGAGAAACUUAAUUAUUAUGCACAACAAGGAUAUCGAAUCAUUGCACUUGCCUACAAAUCACUUGAUCGCAAAUUGACAUAUCCAAAAAUUCAGCGAAUAUCACGUGACAAAGUCGAAUCUGAUCUUGAAUUUCUUGGCUUUGUGAUAUUAGAAAAUCGUCUCAAACCUGACUCAGAAAAAGUGAUAAAAAUUUUAAACGAUGCAAAUAUUCGAACGAUUAUGGUGACUGGCGAUAAUAUUUUGACAGCUGUUAGUGUUGCAAAAGAUUGUGACAUGAUAGCUGAAGAUCAAAGCAUUAUCAUUGUCAACUCCAGAUGGAAAACUGAUGAUGAGCCGGAAUUAUUUUACACACUUGAAGGACAUUCAACGUCAGCGACAGCAACGAAUAACAAUUUAAUUGUCCAAACUACACCAGCAUCAUUAAAUUUCAUUGCUGACAAUGCUGGUGAUGGCAAAUAUAAACUCAUGGUAAACAGCAACAGUGUGAGUAGUCUUGAAACUGUUGAAACCAACACUCAAUCUUCAGCACAUGCAGUACAACGUGAUGUUGAAAAAGGUGAAGAAAAUCUCUUGAAGAAAAGAAAAUUCUUUGAUAUCGAUGAUGAGAUGAAUCCAUAUCGACUUGCGCCAGAACUUCCAUGUAAUCGUUAUCGUUUUGCAAUGGAUGGAAAGACUUGGUUAAUUGUUCGCGAAUAUUUUCCUGAUCUUCUACCAAAGUUUGUAACACGAGGAUCGAUUUUUGCUCGAAUGUCACCUGACCAAAAACAACAAUUAAUCACUGAACUUCAAGAUCUUGGAUAUUAUGUAGCGAUGUGUGGUGAUGGUGCCAAUGAUUGUGGUGCACUUAAAGUCGCUCAUACAGGAAUAUCAUUGUCUGAUGCUGAAAGUUCUGUUGCGUCGCCAUUUACAUCACGUGAUCGUACAAUUGAUUGUGUCCCAUCGAUCAUUCAAGAAGGUCGUGCAGCUCUUGUAACGUCAUUUGGCAUAUUUAAGUACAUGGCCGCAUAUUCACUUGUACAAUUUAGUUCGGUCAUCAUUCUUUACACAAUUGAUUCAAAUCUCACCGACAUGCAAUAUCUUUUCAUUGAUUUGUUUAUGAUCUCAGUAUUUGCUUUUUUCUUUGGUAAAACUGAGUCGUAUGAUGGUCCAUUGGUGAAGCAAACGCCAUUAAACUCAUUAAUUGCAUUAAGUCCUAUUGUAUCGUUAGCAUUACAUCUCAUCACAUCAAUUACAAUCCUUAUCAUUGGAUGGUUUCAUGUUCAACAAUAUGAAUGGUUUGAAGCAUUUGAAUAUGAAGAAUCGGAGCACAUAAAUGAUGAAACAUUGGGAUGUCAUCAAAACUACACGAUCUUCAUCAUUUCAUGCUUUCAAUAUAUGACAUUAGCGAUUGUAUUUAGCAAAGGUGCGCCAUAUCGUAAGUCAAUCUUCUCAAAUCUUGGACUUAUGCUAAGCAUUUGCAUCAAUCUGGCUGUGACUUUAUAUUUGGCACUUUAUCCUUCUCAAAUGAUUGCUGAUUUUAUGGAACUUGUAAUACCGCCACUCGAUCAAAGAUUGUCAUUUGGUUUGGUUUUAAUCUGUUAUGGUCUCGUUAACUUCAUGUUAGCUCUUUUCAUCGAACAAGCCAUUGUUGAAUAUUUCAUCUUCAAAAAGCUUCGUUAUCGUUUCCAUGAUAUUGAAAAGUCGCAUAAAAAGUUCUUAUCGAUUGAGAAUUAUCUUCGUUUGAAUGCAAAGUGGCCACCAUUGAGUUUGUAUAAUAAUCAAGAGAAUAAUUCACCUUCGGAUGAUGACAGUAAGGGAAAUGUAAACAGUGGGGGAAGUAAAAAUCAGACGAACAGUAAAGACGAUGAUGAUGAUGAUACAUCGCCGAUGUCUUAUGCUGAAAUAUCGAUUGAACCUGUUGAAGAUGAUGGAGCUGUAGUUUUUGAUAGAAACAGUUCGAUUCUGAACAGCUUCUUUGAAAGAGAACGACAGAGGCUGGCGUCAAUCAAUCAAGGAACUCAUAGCGAGACGGCAGCGAUGAUGACGACAGCAUCUGAGGAAAAUGACGGCGUGUUUAAUAUCGAUCACAGAUCCAGCAGUACCAAUGAUGAAUGGCUACGGAGAGGAACGCAAAAUUAAUGUGAUGUUUCUAAAUAACAAAGACGAUGAAGUGUUGAGUAAAAAUUCUGUUGAAAUGAAAAGUCUACCGAAGAUAUGAGAAUUACUGAAACUUUUUCGUUCUCUUACUUUUGCUUUAAGUUAGCAGUUGGGUAAGAAAAUAAAUUUUUAUUUCUUAUUUUAAAAGAUUUUAAUUCAAACGUUGAAAGCUUCGAGACAAUUCAAUUUCUUGAAAAUCCGUUAAUUAUCGAACAAACUUUAAGAAAAUUUAACGGUUUUUUAAUUAAAUUUGAACUGUUUCAGUUGUUUUUAUUUCGUCACACUCGAUGAUAAACCAAACUUUAUCUCGAGUCACGCAUCUUAUUUCUUCAUUUCACUUUAUAAUGUAAAGCUGUCAAUAUUUAAUUUAAAUGUUUUUUAUAUAAAAAAAGAAUAGAAAUCAAAUGUUAAUCGUUUAAACAAAAGAAAAAUGAAUAUCAAAGGAAAAGUUUAUUUAGUUUGACGAACGAGAGAAAACUUCACUGGAAUGAUUUAUAAAUCUAGUCGAUGCUUUAUUUUUAAGUUCAUCGAAUAUUUUAAUCUUAUAAUCGUUGUGAUCGAGAGAAUAUUGAGGAAAGUGUGCCAGAUUGGCUCCUUUUCAGCCAUAAAUAGGACGAAUUGCAAAAAAUGAUUUUGUUUAUCACUCGUUCGUUUAACUAAAUUUUAUUUCCAUUUCUCUAGAAAUUUAUUGUUAGCUGUUAAGAAAAAUCAUGUGAACCAUUUCAUGUAAUAAAGAAUUUCUUAAGUCAUAGGAAAUACGUCUUCAUAACAACAUUUAUUAGAAAAUAUAAAGAAGAAACAGUAAAAAGAAAAUCCUUGUACUUAUCUAAUAACACUUAAAAGUUACGCAAAGAAAGUGAUUUUCAUUAAUAAGAACUUUAGAUGUAAAGAAACCAAUAUUAUUACUAAACUUAAUAAAAUAUAUGAAUGAUAAUAAUGAA